GUAGUACUAGUGAGCAGCUGAUAUUUCCUUCAUAUAAAUAGAACAAGCAGAUCAGCAUUACUUCGUGUUAAAAUUACCUUGAGGUUUGCGGGCUAAUGCAAGUUUAGAGGAAUUAGGACACCCUUUUGCAUAAACAUACACCUUUUGUAACUGAAAACAACUGCAAUAUAUUUCCCACGCAAGGAGGGGAAAAGACAUGGGAGAAACUGUGACACGGGCUGCAGCUGCCAAGCUAAUGAAGAAAGCUUUCUUGGAGGCUCUGCAAUCAAAUGACUACAAAACUGUGGAGGAGUUUUUGACUGAAAAGCAAAUAGAUGUGGACAUGGUGUUUGAAGUGGAAGAUGAAAACCUGCUCUUGGCCUCCUACAAACAAGGGUAUUGGCUACCCAGUUAUAAAAUGCAACAUUCAUGGGCAACUGGACUACAUUUAUCUGUCCUGUAUGGGCAUCUGGAGAGCCUGAGGGUCCUGUUGAAGCACAAAGCGACCAUCAACUGUAGACCAAAUGGGAAAGCAGCAAUCCAUAUCGCUUGUGAAGUGGCCAAUUUGGAUUGUGUCAAGAUACUUUGCAGCCAUGGAGCAAAAAUGAAUUGCUAUUCAUUGAGUGGGCUUGCUCCGCUGCAUUAUUGUACAACAAAGAUAUCCAUGCCUUGUGCACAACAGUUAAUCUGGAAAGGUGCAGAUGUGAAUAUAAGAACAAACAAUCAAGAUGAAGAAACUCCCCUCCAUACCGUUGCUCGUUGUGGCAUCCCCGAAAUGGUGGCCUUUUAUGUGGAGCAUGGUGCUGUGGUUGAUUGUGGAAAUGCCCACAGAGAAACACCACUGGCUUGUGCAGCGUACUGGGCUCUUAAUGGUAGAGAACAGACCUACAGCACAAAUCACCACUUGAUCUGUAGGAUGUUGCUUGACUAUCAAGCUGAUGUCAAUUCACGAGAUGAGGAUUUCCGGACUCCCCUCCACAAGGCUGCCUGGAACUGUGACCACAUACUGUUGGACAUGUUGCUUGAAGCAGGAGCGGAAGCCAACCUCAUGGAUGACAACGGGUGUGCUCCUUUGCAGUACGUCCUGAAAGUGACAGGGGUGCGGCCCAGCGCCCAGCCUGAUCUUUGUUACCAGCUGCUUCUAAAUUAUGGAGCUGCCAGGAUAUAUCCGCCACAAUUCCAUAAGGUUUUGCAGGCUUGCUACUCUUACCCAAGAGCAGUUGAGGUGAUUGUGAAUUCAUAUGAGCACAUCAAGGCCACAGCAAAAUGGAGAGCAGCUAUACCUGACGAUGUUUUUGAGAUGCACAGAGAUUUCUAUGAAUCUCUUUUUGAUGCCUGUGUGAACACGCCAAGGUCACUCAAACAUUUAGCGAGAUGUGCUAUUCGGAGAACAUUGUUCCACAGAUGCUACAAAGUGAUCCCUUCACUUUUUAUUCCAGGGACACUAAAGAAUUAUUUACUUUUACAACCAGAAGGAAUAAUAUACUAAGCUUCAUUGGGGAUAAUUGCCAGCCACCUAAUACUGUAGUACUGGAGUGUAUUUACAUGAAAAAUGUAAUAAACCAAAGUUUCAAUGACAACUUUGCCUGUAAUUGGAGCAUGUGGCCAAAACUGUAAACAAAGGACCCAACUGGAUAUAGCUCUGGGUCAUAUAAAGCGCUUGGAGCUACAGCACAUACAGAGCUAUUUUAUAAUACAUUUCUUUCCCAGCUCAUGUUGUAGAACAAUACACAGAACUGGAGGAAAAGAAUUUGAUCAAUCCUUCCACCUGCUUUCUAGUUCAUAUGAUUACUAUGUUACAUAUUUCCAUGCUUGAAAAGUCUUUAAAAAUGACUCUGCAGAAGGAAUAUAAUGAAAGACUGAAGUGAUCAAAAGACCAUAAUGCUAUUUGAAUAACCAUUGGAAUCCACAUGAUUUUCAGGUGUGGAUCCCUGUAUAGCUCAAAAUGCACCAUUCAUGCACAAAAGAAAAGUCAGCAUGUUUGUGGGAACCCCAAGAUGUGUAGACCUAUUCCCUUCAAAAAAUCUAGAAAGAGAUGGAGAAGCUCCAAAGUGCCCAAUGGAAAUUGAGCAUACCUUUAAUGAUGACUGAAUAUAUUCAGUGGCCAUAGACUAUUGUUGACUGAAUAUACUCAUAUAUACUUAAUAGGGGGCAGAGCAAGGGAAUGUAAAGGAACAGAAAUCAGUAGUGGCUGUUGGCUCCUGUAUCAGUGGGGCAGUGGCUCCACUACAGGUGUUAAUCCAGAUUUUAAAGGAGGUAUUCAGUAUGCUGAGCUCUAUCUCCAAAAUAAGUUCAACACCUUGGAAAGUUCCUUAAAGACUCGGCAAAAUCUGGGAAGGAUUCACCAGCCCACUGACAUGAGAACCACCAGCCACCAUGGAAUGGAAUGGCGCAUUCUCGAAAAGGCCAUAGCUGGCUCACUAGUACUCUGACAAAGAGUACUACACACUGCAAUAUUUUGUUAGAAGCCCUUCUUUUUGCUAAUGGCUAGCCUGAAAUAUUUUUUUAUUUAAAAAUAAUGACACAAGAGUAAUAUAGUAUGUGAACUCUUUUGUAUAUGAAUUGUAUUCUUCACUCUAUCAGUCCUAUCAGAUGGCCACAUUAAAAAAAAUGCUGCUUUUUUAGACUACAGCUUCCAGAUUCUCUUAUGUGGGCUGAAAGAGAAGUUGUAAUGUAAACAAAAAAUUAACUUUCUGUAGUUCUUUCUUGCUGUAUUAUCAUGAGAGAUGUGUAGAUGAGAUGAAUGGCUGCAGACAGUCAGUAAAGUUGCCAGUUCAGCACCAUUCCAGGCAUUAGGCAUCAAGUUGCCACCACAGUUGCUCAGAGAUAGUUGUUUAAACAUAAACACACCUUAUUUACCAGUUUGGAAAUUAAGACUUACCUAAAGGGACUGUUUCCAGAUCGAGGUAAAAAGAAAGAAUGAAUCCUUCUUACUUAUUUAGGGAGAUGGGAUUUCAUCCAGGCUACAUGCUUCUCUAGCCAGAAGAUGAAUGGAGAACAGAAUGGUGGGUGAACCCUGAUGAUACAAUAACUGGAAGGGAAGACUGAAGCUAACUAAAUACAUACUGUAUACUACCAGAAAGUCCUUGCAAGUAAUUAAGCUUUGCAAAUUGUAGCAAGCUGCUGCAGUAUUAGCUGAGCUGGAAGUUUGAGCACAGUCCUCUCUUCUUGCCUGGAGCUGAUCCUACCAAAACUGGAGAAUUUGUACCCACAUCUCCUACUUGGAGAUGACCUAUAAAAACUGAAGAUGACAACCAUGAGAAGAAGUGAUGGCACCAUCUUUUCAA